AUGACAGAUAACCAAUCCAUUGAAAUGGACAGUGAAACAAGUAUUAGUGACUACAUCGACCAACAAAAGAUGUACAAAAAACUGCCAAAGAAUUUAACAAAUCCAAACUCGAAGGAACUAAAGUCAAACCUACAGAAUGGUCAAGAAGUCGGACAUAUUGUAACAUUAAGUGAACCCCCUGAUAUCUUUCAAGAAUAUUUAGAUAAUUUACAAGUGACAUAUGAAAAUUUUGAAAAUUAUGAAAAGACUGAAACGAAAGAAAUUAUGAAAGAAAUUCAUGCUACAAAUAAAAAGAAAGCAUGUAUGAUUAUCUUUCUCAUUCUCGGUAUUUGUUUUCCUCCGUUUUUAAUCUGUAGCUUAGUUUAUAUGAGAAAGUAUAGAAAAUCUCAAAAACUAUCAUCAAUUUAUCACAUUACACUAUUUAUUGUAUUUGUAGAUAUUAUGCUUUUAUUGAUGGUUGUAAUAGCUGCACUUUUUUAUGCUAUAAAAUCGCUUUAG